UGGGCGCAGCUGGUGGAGCUGGUGUCGCGCGCGGCCGGCACUGGCGAGAGCAACUCGGUGCUGCUGGUCGGGCCGCGCGGCGUGGGAAAAACGGCCCUGCUGGAGGCCGCCCUGACGGAGUCGGCGGCCGGCCGGGACGGCCGCUCGGCCGUGGUGCGGCUGCACGGCCUGCUGCAGACCGACGACCGUGCCGCCAUCCGGGAGAUCACCGACCAGCUGCGGCUGCAGGCCGCCGUCGGAGACCGCGUGUUCGCCAGCUUCGCCGAAAACCUAGCCUUUCUCCUGCAGUCGUUACGGGAUGGAAGCAAAGAGGAGUCGAAAACAGUGAUAUUUGUUCUGGAAGAGUUCGACUUAUUCUGUCAGCACAAGAACCAGACGCUGCUGUACAACCUGUUUGACGUCGCACAGUCCGCCCAGGCUCCGAUCUGCGUGCUGGGCCUGACGGCCCGGCUGGACGUGCUGGAGCUCCUGGAGAAGCGCGUCAAAUCGCGCUUCUCGCACCGCCAGCUGCACCUGUUCGGCGCCGGCCGUCUGGCCGACUGGCUGGCCGUGGUUCGCUCCUACCUGCUUCUGGCGGCGGCCGGCGGCGGGCUGGAGCAGCGGCCGGUGGCGGCGGCGCUGCGCAGCCUGCACGAGCGCACCCGCAGCGUCCGCGACCUCAAGCUGUACCUGCGUCUGGUGCUACUUCGUCUCUGGCCGGACCGGACCGAGCUGCAGGCGGACGACUUCACGCUGGCGUUGGCGGCCCAGCGCCACGACAGUCGCGCUCUCCUGCUGCAGGGACUCUCUGUGCUCGAGCUCUGUCUGGUGGUCGCCAUGCGACAUAUGACGCAGGUCUACGACGAGCCGUUCAACUUCGAGAUGGUGGUGCGCGAGUACGGCAAGUUUGCCAGCCGCCGCUCCGUCUUCCAGUCGUUUACGCGCCCCGUACUGCGGAAGGCCUACGAGAACCUUCAGUGUCUGGAGCUGAUCCGACCGGUCGACGGUGGCGCCUCUCGCGGCCACCAGCAGUACCAGCUGUUUUGGCUGGCCGUCACGGCGCAGCAAGUGGACGAGGUGGUGAAGAGGCCGGGCGCCGUGCCGACGGAGCUAGCGCAGUGGGCCGACAGUGGCGUCAUCUGAGAUGACAGACUGGGCCCUCGUCUGACGGACAGACUGUCCUUGUGUGACGGGCAGACUGGCGGCUCUGUCGCCUGGCGCACGGGACUGGUCCGAAGGGGUCCGCGCCCACUGAAGGCCAGCCCUGAGUCCCGGCUGACGUGGUGUUGAGUGAAGACCAGCCGCCCGACUGUCUUGUUACCUUGGGCCGGCUGGUGCUGUGAUACGCCUGCUGAUCGACCCCAAAGGGUAAAUGUCGCAAGGCCGCGGUCACACUUCUGCAAAUGAUCCGGGCGGGGACGCAGAAAUGGGGGUAUUCACGUCAUUCAGAACUAGUUGAACGUUAUGCCGCACAAGUUGUUGCCAUUGGAACGGUCUUUAGCUGCAUUUUCGUGGUUUCCGCGAAGUUGGUUCCGCGAUUGUCUUAUGCCAUGUCGUGCUUUUUAUAAGUAAAUGAAUCCCGAGUAGA